AUGGCCUUGGUAUCAUUAUUCUCGCUGGAGCACACCUCGCUUGAAGGAAAUCAUCAUAAUAGUACCCUUUGGCACGUCCGCAGACGCAUCCUUCGACUUCACAGCAGUCUUCCACGGCCUCAUCUUCUGGUUCCUUGGUUUUCGCAGCUGGCUAGGAGUGGAUUUGUAAAUAGAGACAUGCCGGGGAUGAGUCCGAGGCUUAUCAGCAUCAUGAACUACGUGAAGUCCAAUGACCUAGACUUUCUAAGAAGGACAUCUCACGCUGAGAGUCCUUCAUCAUCCUAAUUAUUGUAUUG